UGGGUUCUUUUAUUUAUCAAGACUCCUUUACUUCGGCUCCGUCAGGUUUGUCCCUUAUAAUCACAAAGAAGUGUUCGACGGAGUAGCUGAUUGCACAUGUCGUGUUAAUGCACUUUAAGCAACAAUUGUAUUAAAUAGUGCGAUCGACUUCAAAGCUGACAUUCUCUCUUUCCCUGAAUAGUUGGCCGGCAUUCGCUGUCAAUUUCACGGCUGGCUAGUGAUUGCUUCCAUUUUUAAGCCUUCUUCCGGAUGAACCUCGAUUUGAACUGGAAGAAGAAUUUCUCGAACUUGAACGGCCCAGAACUAGGCUGGUAGAACUGUUGUCAUUGCCUGGGUGCGAAUGGCAGAACCGAAGGGGAAGCGGCUGAAAACAUGCUUGCCCACCUGCACCUUUCACCAGCCCCUGUCCAGGAGCCAGGUGAAGCAGAACUAUCCACUGAGUGUGGAAGAGGCAGUCUGCGGCCUCAUCACUUUCUUCUACGAGGUGUCCUACUGGUUUCAGGCUCUGAUGGAGAUCUUUGAACAAGAUGAUGUUGCUCUGCCCAGAGUUGCUGCCUAUUUCCAUAAGAUAACCCAAGAAGAGGAGAAGAAUGCACAAACCUUACUUGACUACCAGACAGAGCGAGGAGGGCACUACUGCCCAAAAGAUAUUCAGAAACCCCGAUGCCUAUCGGUGCGUAAUAUUCUCCAGGCGCUGGAGCUGACGUGUCACCAGUGGAAAACCACGGCGUCCUUCCUUGAAGAACUCUGUGUGCUGAGCAAAAGCCUUGCCGACCCUCAUACUGCCAGCUUCGUCAAAAAGCGUCUGCUUGUUUCCAAGAUCGAACAGAUCAAAGUGGCCGGCGACCUAAUCACUAACGCCAACCGAGUGGGCUGCAGUGACGAUGGGGAGAUGAGCUUUGGCGAGUACCUGAUCGAUCGCCUCCAGGAAGAAUUGAAGCCUUCUGCCUGAAUUGUUCAGCGGUUUUGCUGCGCUCCAAAGACCAAAGAUCGAAACAUUUCUAGUAACGUUGUAACGAGUUUUUUUAAUUCUCCCCCUUUUCUGAUUGUAGAGAUAUUGAGUCUUAAAUCAAAACCUUAUUCCUUUUUUUUAAUCUUCACUUAAUAGUAAUGAAAAUGGAUAAAUCAGGUUGAAUAUCGGUAUUUCAUUCACCAUCGAUCUAAUGGGAUCUUUGUUGUUACUUGGAAGAAUUAGAGCCACUGUCUAAUUUUCCCAAACAUCACGCCCCUUUUCUAUUUAUGCACUAAGGGUCUUGUUUUCUUUAUUAUAAUUAUAAUAAUAGAAAAUAGUGGAAAUAAGAACCAAAUUUUUGUUUCAAACGCUGAAACAUCCGUUUACAUAGUGUGUUUUUGUUCCGUACCCUGGUCGCGAUAAAACGGAACUGAGGUUGUUUUCAACGAUAAUUGUAUGUGCCGCAGGGAAUACCCCAGUCCAGUAAAUACUCUCGUCGUCCUGAUGCAGGAUGACGACACGAAAUGUUGACGGUUUAUUUUCCCCAAAGCUGUGCCACAGCCGCUGAGUUCUUCCAACAAAUUGUUUGAUACCCCAAUAAAGCCCCGGUCCCCGGAACUGUUCCUCAUUCCCAAGUUCGAAUUCUGUUACAGCGCAGUAUUACAGCGGGACACGCCCCCUAUAAUCAGGUACAUUUAUCGGACUAUUUAUGAAUGGUUUUCAUGGUUCUGCAAGAGAGACACAGGUACUGGAAUCUGGAGCGGAUUGGUUGUCGCUCUUGGUCCAGUAGUAAUUCUCGCAUAGGACAAUCAUUACAUUUAUUUCGGAUCUUCCUUCUUCCCGGUACUGUUCACAUAUUUUCAUAGAUAGCUAAUGCUUAAGCAGCGCCCUCUUUAAUAAAUGAGCCCCGUGUCGUGUUCUGGUUUAGAUGAAACCAGGCUCUACUCAAAGGUAAUAAUACAGUAUUUUUUUUAAUUCUUUCUUGGACUACACAAAAGACUUUUGCAGAGAGAUUAAGUGACACGGUUUACUCGGAAAUAAAAGGCAGGCAGAUAUGAAAGUCAUGCACAUUGCUUAAAGGAUAUCCUGGGCGGUCUGUUUAUACUUGAAUCGGGCUCGGGGCAUGUCCUUAUUUUUGCUGAAAUUUUUGGUUUCCACUCCAAGUGUCUAAAGUUACGACAUUUGAUUUAUGACACUCCUUUCCCGACAUAUCCUUCUCAAAAAAAUUGGAAUGCGGGAAAUUUUAAAUGUAGUGAGGUGCGAUGCAUGUUUAAAAUGCGCCAUGGCUUCGAUUUCUCCUCCUCGGGACGGUGAUGACUUGCGAACUUACCCUGCUGUCCGCUCGUAGCAUGUACUGUAUGUCAGAAGCAACUAUUCCUGUUGCAACUCCGAUUGUGUACACUCGUAUUCCAACAAGAUUGAAGAUUUCGGAAACGAGAAUUUUAAAAUGCAGCUUUGUAAUAUUUUAAGAAAUUGAAAUAUUUUAUUAAGAAAUGAACUUAUUCAUAAAACAUUUUGAAAUCUAUUUUCUAUUUCAUACAAUUUAAAGUAUUUUCAUAUCUUCCUUAACGCCCCAUGGAGUGGUUUACAAAUGAUUCAAUAACUAAUAUUGUUGAAUUAUUUCCUUUUUCUGUAAGGGUAAGAUGUUUGUUUGGUAUGGAAUCAUAUGGUUUUAUACUGUUGAAAUUUGUGUCACAAAUUUACAAUAAAUUGCGUAUAUCUGAGUCCAGAA